AUGGAGAAAGAGAAGCAAGUGAUUGCAUCCUCAUCACCAAGAAAGAGGAAAAGAAGAGACGAUCAAGAAAUCCCAUACGACAUGGUAGAGGAAAUUCUCUUGAGACUUCCCGUCGAAUCUCUUAUUCGAUUCAAGAUUGUGUCAAAACAAUGGAGAUCGACCAUUGGAUCUCUAUAUUUCCAAGAGAGACAUUUGAGAAUUGUCAAGCAAUCCAACAUUGAUCAUCCGAAAAUCCUAAUUGUCUCCUUUGAUAGUCAAAAUUUUGAGUUUAGAACAGUGCACUUGGACUCGGCUUCUCUUCGAACCCUCAAUCUUCGCAAUAUCCCUGACCAAAAUUGCUUGGAAGCUUCUGAAAACUGCGACGGUCUUAUUUGCAUAUAUUAUCUUAAAUCAUCCAUAUAUGUAGUUAACCCGGCCACAGUGUGGCAACGACAAGUUCCUCUAGCUAGGUUUCAAGCAUUGAUGCAAAAUGCAACAUACACUCGAGAAACUUUGAGAGACAUUAAGCCAAUCCCUCGACUAGCAUUCGUAAAGACGUCGUGUGAUUAUAAAUUGGUGUGGUUAUAUAAUUCUGAUAAAUACAAUUCUGACGCCAUGAGUCCAAACGAAGGAGUCACCAAGUGCGAGGUUUUCGAUUUUAGGGCAAACGCCUGGAGAUACUUGCCUUGUACUCCAGGCUACCGAAUAUUUGACGACCAAACUCCAGCAUCCAGAAACGGAUCAGUUUAUUGGCUCACGGAACGAUACAAUGGUGAAACCAAAGUAAUAGUUUUGGAUCUUCAUACUGAAACAUUUAGAAUGUUGCCUAGGAAUCCGGUCGCUCGUUCACAUCCUGACCAUAUAGACAUGUGCAUUUUGGAUAAUCGUCUCUGCAUGUCGAAAAGGAAGCGCGGUACAAUGAUCCAAGAGAUUUGGAGCUUGCAAUCAUCAUCAGAGGACACGUGGAUGAAGAUUUAUACUAUCGAUCUUCUUUCUUGUUCUUCAUGGUCUCUAUCUGGUAUUGGUUUUACUUGGGUCCGCAGGGAUGUUUUUCGGCCGUGCACACCGGUGGGGAUAUCCAAGAACAAGGAGAUCCUACUCACACAUCGUUAUGCUGAAGGUCUGGUGAAGUAUGAUCCACAAACCAAUAUGUACUCUGCAUUUUACAAAGAACUUUCUUGUAGAAGAGUUAUUCCUUAUUUCCAGAGUUUAAAAUCUCAUAUCUAA